AUGUCUCCCGAUCUUCAAGUUACUUGUGUUGCUUCUUUCUUCCCGAUCCCAACUUUGUUUGGGGCUGAAAUCUACUCACUCAACGCAACGUGGACAAAGAACUACAGCUAUGAGAUUGACCAAGGCAGAUAUGCCUCAUCUCACGCCUUCAGUGUCCAAGGGCUAAACUUUUGUAAUGUCAGUAUCUGGUACAUCCAUCCUGGAUAUGAUGACCAUGUCAACGUCCAGGUCUUGUUGCCUGAAAGAUGGAACGGUCGUUUCCAAGGCACUGGAGGAGGCGGUUUUGUCAUCGGACUAAGUGAGCCAGCCAUGGUUGGAGGCAUGACACAAGGCUAUGCAGUCGCUUCGAGUGAUGGAGGACACAAGACGACUGCUACCGAGGAAUGGGUUCUUAAGAGCCCUGGAAACAUCAACUGGCCCAAUGUGUUCAACUUUGGAUCAACCUCCCUGUACGACUUCACCAUCAUCGGCAAGCAGGCCACGACUGCAUACUACGGAAAGCCUCCAGAGUAUUCUUACUUCACUGGUUGCUCAACUGGAGGACGACAAGCUCUGGCACUGGCUCAACGCUGGCCUGAGCUGUACGAUGGAAUUUUGUCGGGCGCUCCCGGUAUCAACUACGCCGAGCUGGCCACUUGGAUCUUGUACCCAAUCAUGAACUGGUCAGGAGAAUAUCCUCAGCUUUGUGAGACCACGGCGAUAACCCGGGCAGCAAUCGAAGCUUGUGAUCAUUUGGAUGGUGCUGUUGACGUUGCUUUGGCUGCAUGGACUGGAGCACGAUCCAUCAAUGGAACACUUCUCUGGCAUGGUCUAGCCAAAGACGCCCCUUUAUCAGGUCUCGCCAACACUACCUGCGAUUAUCAAGGCUCUGGAGAAUGCUCUGGAGUUCCAUAUGCCAUUGCCAAAGACUGGAUCCAGUACUUCAUCUACAAAGGCCUAUCUUCAACAAUGUCACCCAUGAACAAUACGUAUGCCUCAUCUCUAGGAACUACCGAUCCGGAUGUCCGUGGGGUUAGAGAGAACGGAGGCAAAAUCCUCACGCGGCACGGAGUUGCCGACCAGCUCGUGCCAAUCAAUGGUACUAGACAGUAUUACGAAAUCGCCACAGCCAUCGAUCCCAACAUCACCGACUACUUCCGGUACUCUGAAGCUCCUGGCGUCUAUCAUUGUCGAGGUGGCGUUGGACCAUGUCCUGGAGAUAUCCUGGCGAAGCUCGUCGGUUGGGUUGAAAAGGAUUCAGUGCCCGAGACAUUGGCUGCCAAAAGUCUGCCAAAUGACAAAGGUGUUUCAAUUGAAAGGGAUCUUUGUCCUCACCCAAAGGUUCAGAAAUACAAAGGUGGUGAUCUAACAAAGGGCUCAAGCCACGAAUGCGUCUAG